CAGCGGCUACCUUCUCUGGAGAAAACGAUGGAUUCCAGAAGCUGAUGGAUGUUAGGAGGACGACAGACUUCGUAUAGGGAGAGAAGUUGAACCCUCGGUAGAAAACAAGGGCGGGGGGAACAAAAGUGGGAAGCCGCAGCAGGACGUUCACUACAACAUGGAUGUGAGUUGACAGUGGAAAAAGAAACAGUUUAAGAUGCGGUCUGAUUUUGCUGUGAAGCCAGAGGCACCGUGAAGUUGAGAAAUCUCUCAAUGUUUGGAGCUAGACCCUGGAACAUGCCAAAGAUUAUAACAUAGAUGCUACUUUUAACUAAUAUUAUUAUGUAUGUAGGCUUUUCUCAGGGGUCCCAGCCUCGCUCCUGUGUAAAGCCUUCAUUCAUGGCUAACGUUAACAUUAUUUUCCGCGAUAACGUAAAUCGCUGGUGCCUGUUGACUGACUGGCUGCUGACUUGGACUGUGGCCUUGGUGCUGGUGUGCAACGUUACUUUCACGGUUGUCGCUGCCUCUCCUAACUCUGGGCAUCCUCUGCUGUGCUGGCAGGCCGUGCUGCAGUGUCAGGCUGAGCCCGAAUGCCGCUACGCUUACGCUCAGUACGCGCAGGCGUGUAGCUCCGUUUUACGCGGGCGCCGGCACUCGUGCCCGAGCCACUGCGUUUCUUCGCUCGUGCAGCUGAACAUGACGGCGGACGGGCCGGCGCUCGAGCGCUGCGAGUGCGCGCGCGAUGCGGCGUGCAGCGGCGCCAAACGUGCCAUCGAGCCGUGCUUGCCGAGGACGAGUGGCGCGGGCGCCGGAGGGUGCACAGAGGCGCGCCGUGAGUGCGAGCGCGACGCUCAAUGCGCCGCAGCGGUGCGGGACUACCUGCAACAGUGUCGCGGGCUCCUCGGAUCCACAGGAAGUGGCCGCGAGGGGGCGUGCACGGACGGCUGCCGGCGAGUGAUAGCGCACAUGCGCGCCAUGCCCAAAGCGCGCCCGCUGGACACGUGCGUGUGCGACGGCGCCGAAAGGACAAUCUGCGAGUACGUAAAGGCCAGCAUGAGGAUGCUGUGCUUCGGCUCGAGUGACGCUUUGUACGCGGGUAGCGGCUUUUUCUCGGACGACGAGGACGAUCUCGACGGUGACGACGAGGAGGAGGACUACGAGGUAGAGGAGGAGAACGAGGCACACGUUUGUUGCGGGAACUUUGUUUUGGUGGCUGCGGCCACUUUAUCAGUUAUAACGCACGUUCACUGAAUCUUUGCCAAAUCCCAGUUGUGGGAGAUGGAGCUUGGAUUAGUUCCUAGUUUUGUGCUCAGUUUGGCUAAACUCUCUGCUCUUCAUCUCUGUUGGACUGGAGACAUUGUUGGCUUGUUAGAGCACAUAUUGUAACUCACUGUGAAAAAGCUGACAACCUACUUAGUAACCAAUGAUGGAGGAAGUAAAAUUGAAAGUGUUAAGAAACGCACGACUUUCACUAUUAAUAAACUCUGAAUAAUAAAGGUGCCAAAAAGGGUGCUGGGGUGAUGCUAUAGAAGAAUUACUUUUGGUUCCCCCAAGAACCUUUCAAUUGAGUGGUUUCUACUGGGCUUUUAAAAAGAACAAUCCAUUGAAAGAGUCUUUAUGGAAUUAAAAGUGGUUCCUCGAUGACAUUGCUCCAAAGAACCUUUUUUGACACCUUAAAUUUUAAAAGUGUAACACCACAACUUAGCAACAUACACCCCCUGACAAUGUGCCUUUUGAUGUAUAGCAGUGGUUUUCAGUCCUGGCCAUGGAAUACCUCUACCCUGCAUAGUUUAGUGGACUCUUUUCCCUGCUGCAAUAUACCUGGAUCAGCCCAGGAAGGGCCUUUUAAAUAUGUUACAUAUGUUGCUGUGCACUUCACACACUGGUAGAUCAUAAUAAUUUCUUGGCAUAGCCUAUGUAGCGCUUCAUAAAUGUGAAACGUUUUGGACACACAUCAACCUUAAAGUUUUCACCCCGUAACCUCUGAACUCUUGAUGACAGAAUUCCUGCGCUGAGGUCAAUUCCUGCAAACUGCGAGCUUAAAUUUCACAUCAGCAAGUUAUCAAAAUUCAGCACAGCAAUUUGUUAACACAUGCAGACCCAAGUGUCUUUAUCACAGAGGAGAAGAAACAGUAUAUCAGCUGGGUACUUUUUGUCUGCUAUCUGAUGAAUGAGACGGUUUCAUAAACACCAAAUCAUUCUGCGAAUACUUUUUUGGCAUACUAUUUACAGUAAGAGAUUUUGAACAUAGUCUAAAAUGUGCUGGAUAAGGCUACUCCAGAGCCAGAUUUGAAAACCCAUGGUGUAGAGACUUAGAUGAACCACCAGAGAUUAAAUUAUUAUGAUUGAGAGAACUGUUAUAUUAAAUGGGCUUAUGUGCUCCCAUAUAAGAUGAAAUGCAAAAGGGAAGUCUAUUUUUGUAUGCCACAUAAGCAGAUUUGUACACAAGAAUUGCAAUUGUAGUUUUGUGAUAUUCCUAUGCUAUAUGAAAUAUGGUAAUGUUUUCUCUUUCUGACU